GUGUGUGUGUGUGUGUGUGUGUGUGUGUGCAGCCCAUGCGCCCCCUGAAGGCGACAGCCACCACGUCCCAGCCGGUGCUGACCAUACAGCAGGUAGAGACCAUCUUCUAUAAGAUCCAAGACAUCUUUGAGAUCCACAAGGAGUUCUACGACGCCCUCCUCCCUCACAUACAACAGUGGGAUGAGAAGGUCGCAGUCGGACACCUCUUCAAGAAACUGGCCAGCCAGCUGGGGGUGUACAAGGCCUUUGUUGACAACUACAAGACAGCGGUGGAGACAGCAGAGAAAUGCAGCCAGGCCAACACCCAGUUUCAGAAGAUCUCUGAGAACCUGAAAGUAAAGGGACCCAAGGACUCUAAGGACUGUACCACAAAUGUCACCAUGGAGGCUCUCCUGUACAAGCCGAUUGACCGUGUGACCAGAAGCACACUGGUUCUUCAUGACCUGCUGAAGCACACCCCUAAGGACCACCCAGACUUCCCCCUACUGCAGGAUGCUCUGAGGAUCUCCCAGAACUUCCUGUCCUCCAUCAACGAAGAGAUCGACCCCCGCAGGACCGCCAUCACCACGCCUAAGGGAGAGGCUCGUCAGCUGGUGAAGGAUGGGUUCCUGGUGGAGAUGUCAGAGGGUUCCAGGAAACUGCGUCAUGUCUUCCUCUUUACGGACCUGCUGCUCUGUGCCAAAAUGAAGAAGACCUCUGCAGGGAGACAACAGCAGUAUGAGUGUAAGUGGUACAUCCCCCUGGCAGACCUGACCUUCCAGUUGCUGGAUGACUCAGAUGUCUGCCCCCACAUCCAGGUGCUGCCUGAACAUGAGAUAGAGGAAAUAAAGAUCAAGAUCUCAGUCAUCAAGAGUGACAUCCAGAAGGAGAAGAAAGCGCUGAAGGGCCAGAGUCGUAAUGUGGAGCGUCUGAGGAAGAAGAUGAAUGAGCAGGAGUCCUGGCUGCUGUUACACUCUCCCACCAUCCCCUUUCGCAUCCACAACAAACACGGCAAGAGCUACCUGUUCCUCCUGUCUUCAGACUAUGAGAGGUCAGAGUGGAGGGAGAUCAUCCAAAAACUACGGAAGAAAGAUCUGCAGACGUGUCAGUUGAGCUCUGUAGAGCUGCAGGUCCUCACCAGCUCCUGCUGCAAACUCCGAACUGUCCACAACAUCCCUGUCACCAGUAAUAAAGAUGAUGAGGAAACCUCAGGCCUGUAUGGAUUCCUCCAUGUGAUCGUCCACUCUGCCAAAGGCUUCAAAGAGUCAGCCAAUCUGUACUGUACCUAUCUGGUGGACUCUUAUGGUCUACUUUGAUCUGUAGCAAGGCUCAGAGUUAUGGCUAACCACAGUGAACCACAGUGGAACGAGGAGUUUGAAAUUGAGCUGGAGGGUUCUCAGUGCCUUCGGAUCCUGUGCUACGAGAAAUGUUACGACAAGACCAAGCUCAACAAAGAUGACAAUGAGAUCGUGGACAUCAUCAUGGGCAAGGGCCAGGUGCAGCUGGACCCCCAGACGGUGCAGUCCAAGAACUGGCACGUGGAUGUCAUAGAGAUGAAUGGGAUCAAGGUGGAGUUCUCCAUGAAGUUUACUAGUCGGGACUUGAGUCUGAAGAGAACGCCCUCCAAAAAACAGAGUGGGGUGUUCGGUGUCAAAAUCAGUAUUGUGACAAAGCGUGAGCGCUCCAAGGUGCCUUACAUAGUCCGUCAGUGCAUUGAGGAGGUGGAGAAGAGGGGGAUCGACGAGGUGGGAAUCUACAGGAUCUCAGGGGUGGCCACUGACAUCCAGGCCCUCAAAGCAGCAUUCGACACCAAUAGCAAAGACAUCCUGGUGAUGUUGAGUGACAUGGACAUCAAUGCCAUUGCAGGGACUCUGAAGCUGUACUUCCGUGAGCUGCCAGAGCCCCUGCUCACUGACCGCCUGUACCCAGCCUUCAUGGAGGGCAUAGCUCUGUCAGACCCUGCAGCCAAGGAGAACUGCAUGAUGCACCUGCUGCGCUCUCUGCCUGACCCUAACCUCAUUACCUUCCUCAGCCUGCUGGAGCAUCUCAAGAGAGUUGCUGACAAGGAGCCCAUUAACAAGAUGUCCCUCCACAACCUGGGCACAGUGUUUGGCCCCACCCUGCUCAGACCCUCUGAGUCAGAGGUCACCAAGGGACACAUCACACUGGCCUCUGACAUCUGGUCACACGACGUCAUGGCGCAGGUCCAGGUGUUGCUGUACUACCUGCAGCAUCCUCCCAUCUCCUUCGCUGAGCUGAAGCGGAACACACUCUACUUUUCCACUGACGUUUAAUCCCUUGGGGGUCCAGAGAGAAAGACUCAACUGCAAGUCCCCCCACCCCCAUACCACCCAGCUCCCUUUUAAAACUGGACAGCCCCCGCUGGGAGAAGAAAUGGAGUUAGACGUGAGGGAAGAGGAGACAUGGUGCUCCCCCUGGAUCCCAUAGUCACGUCUUCUAGUGUCAUGUUAGUGUGCAGUACAUCCAUCUGGUGAAGUGCAGGUGUGGAGGGAGCAGCAGACCUCUGGCCCACAGUAACCCCACAGACAGCCACCAUUCUGGGACCUCUAUCAGUGAGGGGUUAAAGGUCAGAGUCUGGUUUGUUACUGACUCCAUUUCUCUCUUUUUUUUCUCCAGAGGCAUUCCAAGAAAAACUGCAUUUACAUAUUUUAUAAAUAUUAUUUGCUCAAUUGUUCCUUUGUUUCUAUCUGGCUUUGUGCAUGUGGUGGAGGAGGGCUCUGUGUGUAUGUAGAACCGCGUGGGAACGUUAAAGCAAGGAGCUGAGGACUGAGCUUGCAAGCCGCCAGUAAAUGGUCACUGUCAGAUUUUCUCUCCAUGUGCAAAGACGAGAGCACAGCCCUCCCUCUGUCUGAGUCUUGGCCAAAUUUGCCCCUAUUAUUUAUAAAUAAAUAUAUUACGUGUGCCUGUACAGUCCAGUACAAUUAGAGAAUUGCGCAACGGAGUCUGUUUGAAGUUUUUUCUUAGCUUAUUCUUAUUCACAGCCAAGGUUGGCUGAGCUGUACUGAAACGAUCACAGCAACAGUGUAAAAUCUGAACCACUCUUUAAAGAGAUAUCAUCAACCUGUGAGAUGAGGGUUAUGGAAAAAUGGAACACAUUUUUGAACAUUUGCUUUUUUUUCGUCAUUACAUUGCAAGCCUGUUCUAAGUGUCCAAUGACACCAGUUAUAAUCUAUGGGAUGAUGUUUGUAGUGUAAUGCCCUCAUUGCAUGUUCAGCUUGUCAAUCAUAUCAGGCUGGCUGACAACGGUAGGUUGUCACUGCUAGUUUGUUGCACCAGCAAUCUCCAUCAAUGCUGUACAAAUCCAACAUUUCUGCUAUCAAGCCUGAGACAUAUCUUAAAAUAAGCACUGUUAGAUGAGUCCUAGUUGAUAUUUUAAAUAAGAUUUAAAAGAAAACAUGUAUUUUACUUCCUUUAAGAACAAUGAGUAUACUGUAUUAACAAGGAUAAAUGUUGAUGUAAACUUAUUUUUAGUAAAAUAAGUGUACCAAAAUGAAGUUGUCUAACUUUUAUUGCAAGUAAUUAUUUUCUUGGUACUUCUGUUUUUGUUUGGUUUGGUGCAUCCUACUGCACUGUGAUAGUUUGGUUUGGUGCAUCCUACUGCACUGUGAUAGUUUGGUUUGGUGCAUCCUACUGCACUGUGAUAGUUUGGUUUGGUGCAUCCUACUGCACUGUGAUAGUUUGGUUUGGUGCAUCCUACUGCACUGUGAUAGUUUGGUUUGGUGCAUCCUACUGCACUGUGAUAGUUUGGUUUGGUGCAUCCUACUGCACUGUGAUAGUUUGGUUUGGUGCAUCCUACUGCACUGUGAUAGUUUGGUUUGGUGCAUCCUACUGCACUGUGAUAGUUUGGUUUGGUGCAUCCUACUGCACUGUGAUAGUUUGGUUUGGUGCAUCCUACUGCACUGUGAUAGUUUGGUUUGGUGCAUCCUACUGCACUGUGAUAGUUUGGUUUGGUGCAUCCUACUGCACUGUGAUAGUUUGGUUUGGUGCAUCCUACUGCACUGUGAUAGUUUGGUUUGGUGCAUCCUACUGCACUGUGAUAGUUUGGUUUGGUGCAUCCUACUGCACUGUGAUAGUUUGGUUUGGUGCAUCCUACUGCACUGUGAUAGUUUGGUUUGGUGCAUCCUACUGCAC